GAGGUUUAUUUCGGAAGAAAGGAAGGUUUACCUAAAGACACGUAGCUUCCGAACCUCCGAGCUGUUUUGAUGGCGGCAUUUUUAAUGGCUCUGGUUGCACAAAAUGCUAUGCCGUCCAAUCAUUGCCCUCCAUUGAGACCGCUUUGGAGUCCAAUCAUCGUCCUCCGUUGAGAAAGUUAUACUGUCCAAUCCGAGAACUCUACGUUGGUUGUGUCAACCAAUCAGCGGCCUACAGGUGCGAGAGAAAGAGAAGAUGGCAGCCCGGAACGGAAAGAACGGCCUCCUGGAGAAAGUGAGCUUGAAUGAGUGGAGGAUCGAGGAGAAGCCGGUGAAGAUCGACAAGUGGGACGGAGCCGCGGUGAAAAACUCCCUGGAUGACGCAGCCAAGAAGGUGUUGCUGGAGAAGUUUGGUUAUGUAGAGAACUUCAGUCUUGUGGACGGCCGACUGCUGAUCUGCACAGUGUCCUGUCUGUUUGCCAUGGUGGCACUGGUCUGGGACUUCCUGCACCCCUUCCCCCAGUCCAAACCGGUCCUGGCCUGCUGCGUCAUUUUCUAUUUUGUAAUGAUGGGCGUUCUAACUCUGUACACGUCCUACCGGGAGAAGAACAUCUUUCUGCUGGCGCUGGACAGGGACCCGGCUGGCAUGGACCCCGACCAUGUCUGGACCCUCUCCUCCUCCCUCAAACGGUUUGAUGACCAGUACUCCCUGCGCGUCUCCUUCACGGACGGCGGCAGUGGGCGGGGCAGGGAGGUGGAGGUCACUCGCUCCGUGGCAGAGUUCUUCGACCAGAACGGGACUCUGGUGAUGGACGUAUUCGAGAAGACCGUCUCCAAGCUGCACGACUCAUUGCUCUCUGACAAGAAGAGCAAGUGAACCAGGACCAGCCACAGCGGCCAGUGAUCACGCGAUUUAUGCGACCAUGCAGAUGGCUGCUGGCUUCAUGUACACCACGAUGUGGCCAGACAGCGAGUAUGUGCGUGAGUGUGUGUUUAAGUAUGUGUGUUUAAGUGCGUGUCUGCCUAUUUCCUGUUUUUCGGAGGCAUCUCUUAAUCAUUUCUGUUACAGCUUGAUGUUGCUUUAGAUCCCGCAUUAAAGAAGUCUGCAGUAAUUACGUUCACAAUCUACCAACAUAAAUAUCCCCCGACGGCCACACUAAUGGAGGAGGAACCCUUUUAGCACACGUAGCUUUACUGGACAACGUGUAGCAUAAACAUCUGGUAAACAUUAUUUACCUUGGACUUGUAUGUACCACCAUUGGGUUCCCAUGGGUAUAGUGGCGGAGGUCAGGUUAUUGUGGUUGCAGAGGUCCGGUUGUCAUGGUGACGGCGGUGGAGGAUAAAUUAAAAACGUGCAUUUCUAGACUUGA